AACAAAGUCCCUGGUGUUGGGCCCCUGCAGCCCUCAGCAGCAGGUUAAUGAUAAACUGGAGCGGUGGAGCAGCUGGAGCGCCACAGACAGCCACAGACAGCCACAGACACUGGAAUAAACAACUACAUGUUAUUUUGCACAUAGCUGUCAAUCCCGGCACCGUAUUUAACCCCGAGCGGACACAAACCCACGGCGAGCGCAAUGUUACACUGAAGUUUGUCUUAGAAAGUCAAGUGGGCCGGUGGUGACGUUAACUACAGGUAGGAAGUGCAACACAAAUCCCCGCGGUCAGAGUUAGCUCGGGCCGGGGAGUGCGGAGUAUUAAUAGGCUAGAAAACCCGGAGAUGGACCGGUACAGGUACUUUAAUUUGAACCAGAAGAGCGUGCUCGGCCUCGGUAUCCUCCAGGUGGCUUGUGCGGGUCUCUGUAUAGUCUGCGGCUUUAUGGACGCUGUUUUCCGCAAGGACACUGUGCUGAGUGGCACCAGGACGCCGGUGUGGGGAGGACUGAUCAUGGCCUCUCCAGGUGUUUUGGCGCUGUUUGCUUCUCAAAGGAAAAAUUCCGUUUUGGUGAGUGUGAUGGUGGCAGCAGCAGGACUCUCCUGUGUGGCUGUGCUGUUUAUUUCUGGGUAUGCCUGUCUGACACUAACUUACGGAGAGGAGGAUGAAGACGUCUUUCACCACCAUGACAGUCCUCAAGUGACUUUUGUGCUUCAUCGGAUGGUGAAGGGGGCCAAUGCCACCAUACUGCUGACCUGCACCAUCAGCCUGACUCUCUCCUCUCUCAUUGCCUACGUGGGCUGUCGCAGUCUUCCCUGCUGUGGCUGCUAUGAUGCCAGAACUGGACUGGAGACCCUGGUUCCUCAGUGCGACCCUGGGGACAGUGAGAUGGUUUGUACCUGGCAAGCAGGAGGUGAUGACAGGCUCUUCAACUCUCCACCUCAGUCCACUGAGCAGUACACUGCUGAGGAAGAGGAGGGACCCUCCAAACUACCUCCAUACAGCAGACUGACCUGACACAAAUCCUGUCUGCACUCUCUUUAUUCCGGUGAUUUAAGAUGUGCCUUACUUAUGGAUGCACUGAGGGGAGAAAUCUCAACUCUGCUGAAGCAGUCAGCAGUUUUAAACAUUAUACGUUAUAAAAUGACUUUUAAAUAACCUGAGCUCUUGAUAAGACCAAGCACUUAAAACUGUGGCACCGUCUUUAUUUGCUCUAUGACCAGAUUCCAUUUAAACCUUGCCAAAGCCUAUAUGAAAUACCUGUAUAUGUGACUGAUAUUUUUGUUCUAAAUUUGAAGAUGUAUGUGUAUUUAAUAAAUAAAACCUGAC